AUGAGAGAUUGUUUCUGUACCAUAAACUUGGACCAGGAAGAAGUUUAUCGUACCCAAGUUGUUGAAAAAUCUUUAAGCCCAUUUUUCAGUGAAGAAUUUUACUUUGAGAUUCCAAGAACUUUUCAGUAUUUGUCUUUCUAUGUUUAUGAUAAGAAUGUUUUACAAAGAGACCUUCGAAUAGGAAAAGUAGCCAUCAAAAAAGAAGACUUGUGUAACCACAGUGGCAAAGAAACUUGGUAUUCAUUACAGCCUGUUGACUCCAAUUCAGAGGUUCAGGGUAAAGUUCACCUUGAAUUAAAACUGAAUGAACUGAUAACAGAGAAUGGAACUGUGUGCCAGCAGCUUGUUGUACACAUCAAAGCAUGCCAUGGGUUGCCUCUCGUAAAUGGACAAAGCUGUGACCCUUAUGCAACAGUUUCUCUAGUAGGCCCUUCUAGGAAUGACCAAAAGAAGACAAAAGUAAAGAAGAAAACAAGCAAUCCACAGUUUAAUGAAAUCUUUUAUUUUGAGGUAACCAGAUCCAGUAGUUACACCAGAAAGUCCCAGUUCCAGGUAGAAGAGGAGGACAUUGAAAAGCUAGAAAUUAGGAUCGACUUGUGGAACAAUGGUAACCUGGUCCAAGAUGUUUUCCUAGGUGAGAUUAAGGUUCCUGUGAACGUGUUAAGAAAUGAUUCCUCUCAUCAAGCCUGGUAUUUGCUACAACCAAGAGAUAAUGGAAACAAGUCAUCCAAAACUGAUGACCUGGGGUCUCUUCGAUUAAAUAUAUGUUAUACAGAAGACUACGUCCUUCCUUCAGAGUACUAUGGUCCUUUGAAAACAUUGCUGCUAAAAUCACCAGAUGUUCAGCCGAUAUCUGCCUCAGCUGCUUACAUUUUGGGUGAAAUAUGUCGAGAUAAAAAUGAUGCUGUUUUGCCCCUUGUACGACUGCUGCUGCACCAUGAUAAACUUGUUCCUUUUGCUACUGCAGUGGCUGAAUUAGACUUGAAGGAUACACAAGAUGCAAACACAAUUUUUAGAGGAAAUUCCUUGGCUACCCGAUGUCUGGAUGAGAUGAUGAAAAUAGUGGGAGGGCACUACCUGAAAGUAACAUUAAAACCUAUUCUGGAUGAGAUAUGUGAAUCCUCCAAAUCCUGUGAAAUUGAUCCUAUUAAAUUGAAAGAGGGGGAUAAUGUGGAAAAUAAUAAGGAGAAUCUGCGCUACUAUGUAGACAAGUUAUUCAGUACAAUUGUAAAAUCAAGUAUGAGCUGCCCCACCGUAAUGUGUGAUAUCUUUUAUUCUCUAAGGCAAAUGGCUACUCACAGAUUUCCUAAUGACCCUCAUGUUCAAUAUUCUGCAGUGAGCAGCUUUGUAUUUCUUCGUUUCUUUGCUGUAGCCGUAGUAUCACCUCAUACGUUUCAUUUGCGACCUCAUCAUCCAGAUGCACAGACAAUUAGAACAUUAACUCUCAUCUCAAAAACCAUUCAAACCUUGGGAAGCUGGGGGAGUCUGUCCAAAAGCAAGUCAAGUUUCAAAGAGACAUUCAUGUGUGAAUUUUUCAAAAUGUUUCAAGAAGAAGGAUAUAUUACAGCAGUUAAAAAGUUCUUGGAUGAAAUUUCAUCUACUGAAACUAAAGAGUCCAGUGGUACAAGUGAGCCUGUGCACCUGAAAGAAGGUGAGAUGUAUAAAAGAGCUCAGGGAAGAACUCGAAUUGGAAAAAAGAAUUUCAAGAAACGGUGGUUCUGCCUAACAAGCAGAGAGCUUACCUACCAUAAGCAGCCAGGCAAAGAUGCAAUUUACACAAUUCCAGUAAAAAACAUUCUUGCUGUGGAAAAACUGGAAGAGGGUUCUUUCAACAAGAAAAAUAUGUUCCAAGUAAUACACACAGAGAAACCACUCUAUGUCCAGGCAAAUAAUUGUGUAGAAGCUAAUGAAUGGAUAGACGUACUCUGCAGGGUGAGCCGAUGCAAUCAAAACAGGCUCAGUUUUUAUCAUCCUUCUGCAUACCUAAACGGAAGCUGGCUCUGCUGUCAGGAGACCAGUGAAAACACUCUCGGCUGCAAGCCAUGUACUGCAGGCGUCCCUGCAGACAUCCAAAUAGACAUUGAUGAAGACAGAGAAAUAGAAAGGAUUUAUUCCCUUUUUACCCUCAGUUUGCUUAAGCUGCAAAAGAUGGAAGAGGCAUGUGGAACUAUAGCAGUCUAUCAAGGACCACAGAAAGAGCCUGAUGAUUAUUCUAACUUUGUCAUCGAGGAUUCUGUAACAACAUUUAAGACAAUUCAGCAAAUAAAAAGCAUCAUAGAGAAGUUGGAUGAGCCUCACGAAAAGUAUAGGAAGAAAAGAUCAAGUAGUGCAAAAUAUGGGAGCAAGGAAAAUCCAAUUGUUGGGAAGACAUCUUAGAGUUUGACCAAUUGAUUCAGAAGAACUGGAGAAUAUUUUUCUUGGAGUUUUUCAAUUCAUCAUAUAUUUUGUUCAUAGUAUUUAAGAAGGAACAUUGGUUUUAGUGUCACCUGCAUUCACAUUGUAUUUAAUAUUUAAUAAUUGAAAUUAACUGUUUGGGAAUCCUGUUCUUAAUGUAUUACUAUAGAAUUUGAAACCCAAGAUUUCCUAUAUAUCUUAUAUAUCCAAAUCCAUGUUUUGCAAAUUCUUUCUAACAGAAUCUUCCUAAAGAAGAUUCCUAAAGAAGCUUUGUAACAAAGGGAGAACUCCUCCUUAGCAAGAUUAUAACACUCUGUUCUGUGGACUUGUUUUCACUACCAUUAGUGCCUGCUCUAUACUGCCGACAUUGUAUUUUACUAGGAAGUCCCAAUCCAUGACAAUUCAGAGCUCUCAAUUUAGUUCAUCUAGACCCUCCUGCUUUAAAAAAGAGAAGGAAAAAAAAGUUUUUCAUUGUCAUUACAGGUUACAUUAGUGACAGCAACAGAAACCUUAGAAAACUGCCAAUACAUCCUUGAAAGUUGGUAGAUCCUUUUGCCAAUUUAAAGAUGUAAACAGAACUCAGAUAGGAGGAAUCAGGGAAUAUGUGCCUUUGUGUGCAUCUUGUUUACAUUUGGGAUGAGUGAUGGCAGAUAAAAUAAAAUGAGACCACUAAAAUUUUUUUCAUUGUUUUAAAUAUCAGGUACUCAUUUCCUUGAGUUGAGUGUUCAGACUAAUAUGACUUCUAAGGACAUCUUUUCUGAAAAAGAAUAGAAAGUAAACAGUCAAAAAAGGUGGUGGGAAAACCACUUGACUUCACCUGCUAUUUCAUGUAAUAAUAAGGGCCACCAUAAGGACGCCCUCCUCAUAAUGUUAGGUUGUGACCUAACUUGAGAACAGUCACUCAGCGCACUUUAAUAAUCUGGACUGCCCCAGAUUAUACUUUAGAUACUCCAUGGUAUCUAAUCUUUAUGAUCAGUUAAAUGAUCAGUGUUUUAAGUCUAGAAAUAAUGCUUUCCUGAAAAUGUUUAUACUUCAUUGCUGUUUCCUUAUUGCCUGCUAGCCAAAUGGAAUUUGGGCAAGCAACUGUUUGCUAUUUUUCCCUAAUAAUUUACUUUUGUCCUAAAAACCAUAACUGUAUAUAAGCAGCCGAAGCAAGUUGCCACCUUGAAGAAAAGAGGAAUACACUUUGCUUCAUCAGUAUUAAAAACUACGGUACUCUUAUUUUGUCUUUUUUAAUUCAAAACAUUUUCUAAAUGUGGUACUUUGAACCUUGGAGUAUUUACAUAUGUUUCUGUUUAAAACUGUGACUUAUUAAUGUAAGUCUAUCUAGUAUGCUUUUUUUGUUUUCCUGAGCAUAAGCUAUAUUUCAAGAUACACUUUGCCAGUUAUGUUAUUGGUGGGUAAUUGUUUUUAAAUUAUAUUAGGUAAUUAUUUUUAAAGACUCUUAGCACACAAUCAAAGUUUUUCCAUAAAUGAUUAUAACCAAGCAAUGUAUUUCUCUAAAUGACUUGUAAAAAUGAAUUGGUUAUAUUUAAGAAUCAGUACUAGUCUGCAUUAUGGUAGGUAGUAAUCUUGGCCCUUUUUAAAGACAAGUUUGAGGGGCUGGCUGGUUAGAUCCUUUGAUUAGAGUAUGGUGCUGAUAGAGACAAGUUUGAAAGAGUCCUUUAAAUUUUAUGAGCUUUUAUAUUCCAUAAUCUACACUGACUUAUAAAUGUGAAAUAAUUUAGAAAUUUAAUAAAUUUCUCAUUCUUGAAUUUUCUUUCAAUUAAAAUUCCUCUUAAGAAUCUCUGAAAUGUCUACACGCAAAGGAUGUGUGAACAUUACCAGAUACCACUGAUUAUUCUUUAGCGGCUUUUUAGUCCUCUGCUAUUUUUUUUUUUAAGGCAAAAGAAGUAUUUUUCUAACAUCGCUAAUGUCAAAUCCCCAAUUAUGAUUGUUUUUAAAGAUCAUGGCAUUAUCAAAGGGACCAAGGCUGUGUGCAUACAUAACUCUGUGUACGAAGGGGAAGAGUUCAGUCAUCUAGGUAUUUUUUUCACAUGACACUUUUAAGCAGCCUGUUUGACUGGAAUUAACCAGCUUGGCACAGCCUGAAAAGAAGUAAUGUGA